ACUUUAGUCACUGUUUCAGCAAGAAGCGGCUUCGGACGCGGAUUUUCGUUGAAGAUUUGUAAACAAAUAUGUGAAAAAAACUGUUAAAAAUAUUUAAACUAAUGAAUACCAACCGUUCUUCGCUGGGUCAUGGUAUAGUUUGACUUCUAAAUAAUUAAAUCCAGUUAAUAAACACGUUUAUCGGGUCUUAAGGGGUUCAAUGUUUUGCAAUUAAAACAAACAAAAAACACCGAUAAAAUGAUGGAAAUAAGUCAAAAUGCAGAAUUAGAAGAACUGUCAACAGAGGGCGCAAUCAUGGGAGCAAUCCCCGACGAACUCAAUGAUGAGACCAGCCCCAUUGAAAUCGGAAAUGGAUCGAGACAGUCUUCCGGGGAUGACGAUGAUUUAAAGGAAUUGACUAAUGGCAAUGAAACAAUUGCAAUAGCAUGUCUCAAGAGCGUCAAAGAUGGUAGUAUAUUGGAAGAAAAGCGAAACGCGGGAAAUGACUUGGACGCUUUGCUGGAUAAAAUCAGUUCAAUUGUGGAUUGUCCCAGGGACUCGCCAGCUUCCGACCAAGAUGUUGAGCAAGAGCCCGAGGCGGCCGUCGUUGAGCGGCGGGCAGACGAUGGCGAUAAGGAAGAGGAAAUCAACCCUGUCGUCGGCAAGGAAAUCACAGCUGAUCCAAACGAAGAAGAAGACAAAAAAGCUGUCGCGGGUGAAAGCAGCGUGACGCGCGAUUCGGUGGAGAAAAGUCAAACUGAAGAUAGUACGAAUGAGAUUGAAGGUUCCGUGCAAGCCGCGGAAAUUACUGAAGAACUUGACACCGCUGAAGCUGAAAACGACGUCGAGUUCAUGGAAAAAGUGAAAGAAGAUUCCGAGUCAGUGAAGGAACUUGAAGAAGACGACGAAGUAGCAUCUCAUGUGGAAACACCUACAGAGAAAACAAAUGGGGAUAGUUCUGCCGCCGGGUGCCAGGAAAAGCUUCGACAAUCCUCGGAUGAUAUCUUUAUGGAUGCAUUGGAUAGCAUUUCGAGCUCAGAUGAUUUUGGUGCAACUAGCUCCCAGGAAUUGAAGAAGUCACAGGUGUGCGUAGAGAAACCACCUAAGGCUGCCGAGAAUAAAUUGAAUGCUCGUGAAAGUCCCUCUAAUGAUCUAGAUGACAUUUCCUCGGAUGAGGAUAUUCUCAAAGAAAAAGCCCCUGAUAAGGAUCCCUCGACUAUAUCAGUAAUCGAUUUAGAUUCAUCGGAUGAGUGUGUUGUGUGCGAGGAGGACUUAACAGAGGACAAAAAUGCCGAUUUAGCUAAAGAUCAGAAGAAGAUUACAGAUGAUAUUACUGAAGAUAAGGCCAAGGAGACCCUAGAACAUACUACCUCAGCAGACCCAAUGGAAGUUGAUGAAGAAGAUAAAAAGAUAGCUGACCCAGAAGAUACCCAGGAGCCAGAGGAUAAAACUCAGACGGAGGAAACGAUGGAAACCACGAGUGCCAUAGAUGAGAUGGCAACGGAAGUAACUGAGGAAACCGACAAAGAUGCGGGCGAAAAGGUGGCAAAGGAGACGGAAGAUAAAACCACAGAGGGGGACAAAAUGGAGCCGACGACUAAUGGUGUCACAGACAGAGCUCCCGAGAUCCUACAACAGAAAUUAUCUGAUGGAAAGGGCAUGGAAUUGGAGUUGUACAAGGGGAAAGUAUCCGCUGAAGGAGCUGCCAAAGAUGCAGAUUCAGAUGACGAAGUUAUUUUCUUUGAACCUAUUGAAAAGCCCAAGGAUUCAGCAGAUCCAACGGAGAAAAAAGAGCUCAAAUCAGCUGUGACUAACAGCUUAGAAAAUGACGUCGUUUUGGUAUCCGAGGACGAAGAAGAGGAACUGCCUGAAAAGAAGCACGAAGAUAAGGCAACCAAGGAUUCCGAAAAGGUGUCAUCCUCCCCCACUCCGAAUGAUUCUAAAAUUAAUCCAGCGGAGCCCUCUAAAAGCAAAGAACUCCAAGCGGACAAUUCCGACAAUGCGAGCGAUCAGUUCGAGAAGCUGACGCCACAAGAUAAGAUAAAGACUGCCACUGCCACGGAAGACGGGGACAGCAGCUCAAGCAGCAACUUGCUGUGUCCCGCUGAAAAUGUCCAAUCAGACGGGACGAAGCCUGUCGAGCCUGGAACCGCCGAGAAAGCAACUUCUGAUGUGGAAGAACAAGAGGUAAAGUCCGCUCCUGAUGCGGACCCAGAGAAUAAAAAGACUCGCAUAUCCAACUCAGACGAUGCCCACGAGGCGGAACCCAUUACCACUUUGGCUAAGCGUAGCCACGAUUCCUUAGACUCCAGCCCCUCGGAAGGAAAGGACGAGAUACCCAGUAAGAAAAUCAGGACUGAUGACUCCGAUUCGAGUUGCUCCAAUGAUGGCACACUUCAUAUCGACUUGGAAGUACAGGACAAAGAGGUGGACUCCGAGUUGGUCCAGAAGGAAGACCCACUCACUAUAAAGGACCAAAAGGAGCUAAAAUUGCACCUGAAACCAGAGCCAGAGCUCAAAGCAGACGUCAAGCCGCUGCGUCUAGAGUUCCUAAAGAGCUUUCGCAAGAGCUUUGACCACAUGACCCGGAACGAUCUGGAAGAACUCGUCCUCCAGAAGGUCGUUGAAGGUAUGAUGGUAAAAAGUGAGUUUGCGGAUAUCCGCUCCCAGCUGGACAAAUAUGAGAAGACGCUUGCCAUCUAUCGUCGCAGGAUAGCCGAAGUAUCCAAACAGUUUUUCGACCUGGACACAGUACACAAGCGGGUGCUGAAGGAUUUGGAGACCAAGAAUGCACACUUCACAGCACCAGUGAGAAUUACACGAGCUGUUGGACUGCAAGUAGGCAUUCCUUUCAAGGUCAUGAAGCCUAACGCUGCGCCCAGUGGUGGAGAUCAGACACAUGCUGCUGGCAGCAUGUUUGCGGCUCCUUGCACUCCAUCCAAGGCGAGCACAUCACCUUUACGUUCGCCGUUGCAGUCGAUGCGCGGAGCCGCUUCAGGCGCGAGUUCGAAUGCGCAACAGCAGCAGCAUCAAAAGCAAAACCAGCAGCAGCCACUGCCAGCGCCACGUUCCUCCGCUUCCUACAAUCAGUCUCCUGCUGCGACUGCCACUGCUCCUGCGCCGCCGGUACGGAGAGGAUGCUUGCAAAAGGUUACCCCACAGCGACCAGUGCCUGGAACCUCAUUCCCAGCACCUCAGGUGAACAACCAGUCCAACAAUAGUCGCGUACAGGCCUCUCCCGCUGGAACUCAGAGGCCCAUGCAUGCCUCAAAGCACACAGGAAGCACUGCAUCAGCAGCAGCGAUGAGGAACAGGAGUCCUUAUACGACGCAAAAGCAGCAAUAUCCACCAACCCGCCCAGCUCCUGGUCCCAGUCAGGGUAAGCAAGGACCAAAAUGUGCAACAAAAGUGCGCGGAAUGCCUCCCAAGGGAACGGGAAUCGUCUCUGUACCCGUUUCCGCAGCCAGCAGCAGUGGCGGCAGUGCUCUCAAUUAUGGCCAGCAACAACCAAACCUGGCUCCUGCCAAGCCGAAGGAAAAGGCUGUAAUUGAUCUCACAGACGAAGACGAUGCUGCGGCAGCUAUGGCGGCUGCAGCUUCCGCUGCGGAGGCCAACGCACGUUUACGGCAAACAUCCAACAUGCCAGGGAAGAGAAAUUCUAUGGGGGCAACGAUGUCUGAGGCAAGAACCGCAGGUGGUCGUACAGCUGUUAAUGGAAAUACUGUGAGGUUGUCGCCCUUACAAAUGCCGAGGGCCAAUGCCAGACAAAUUGUCACCAAUAAUAGUGGAGGUCAGCGCAGUUCGCUUGGAUCGAAUGUGACGAUGCAGAUUCGGUCGGAGAACACACCGCCUGCCGCCACUCGAUUGAGGUACUCGCAUCCAGCUCCUCUGCCAUCAUCGCCUGCACAGCCCUUCAAUCCCGCCUGGAAGUUUCCGCCAUCUCGGCCUUUCAUACGCGUCGGUCUCAUAAACACAGGCAUUUCAAUCUCUUGGUUCUUGGAGGAUCCGAGUGCCAGAUUUGCUGACUGUGUAACGUAUCAGAUAUUUUCGUACCAGGAGACAUCACAUGAGCCCAGCACCGACUCAUGGAGGCACGUGGGCGACGUCAAAGCCAUGCUGUUGCCCAUGGCUGUCACGCUUAAUCAGGUUCAGGAGAAUCAGCGCUACUAUUUCGCUGUGCGUGGCGUGGACGCUCAUCAGCGCUUCGGACCAUUCAGUGUACCCCAGACCUGGUCAUAAUCGAUCCCUGUCGCUUUUUGACCAUAAGACUUGUCUUC